AUGCCCGGAACCUCCACGCUGCGCCGCUCCACCGCGACCACCGCCACCGCCGCCGCCACCACGCCCACUGCCGCCACCACCACCGCCUCCACCCCAGCCUCCUCCCCCACCGCUGCCACCACCACUCCCGCCGCUGCCACUGCCCCCCCCACUCCCGCCACCACCCCCACCGCCGCCACCACCCCCACCGCCUCCGCCACCUCCAGCACCACCUCCCCCGCCUCCACCUCCGCCCCCCUUGCCCCCCUUGCCCCUGCCGCUGCGGCGCGUCCCACUAGGAGCAGACGCAGCCCCGGCCUUCUCAGCACCAAGAAGGUCAACAGCAGCAGCAGAGGCAAACGAGGGGAGCAGGGGGCAGGGGGGACACCCCUCGAAGAACGGGGUGCGGGGUUCGCCACGAGAGGCACCUAA